GUGUUGUUUUUGGCUAAUGAUAUCAAAAUCUUAUUUUUAAUUAAUGACCCGGGUCACAUAAUGUCGGGAAAAGAAAUUGCGUUCAAGGCAAGGCAAGAUCAGUUUAUUUAGCAAUCUACCGUACCUCUUCCCGUUUUCUUUGGCCCGUGUGACGUUGCAAAUAAGGGCCCUUAUUGAAAAUGCAGAAGUUACAGAAGUUGCAGAUUGGAUGGAGUGAGGUCGUGACAUUACUAAUCUUCCUCCACUUCAGAAAAGGCAUUCUACUCGUCAAUGCUAGUAAUAGCAUAUGAGUCUUCCGUUAGAUUAUAUCGUCACUCAUGUUCAAGGGACGGAAGAUGAUUUUCAAGUCCUUUGGUUGGAAGCAACUUUGUUGCAUAUUUAAAUAAUUGAAAUGGGUGUUAAACUUCAUGCAAAGAAAAGGCUGACCAAGGUCGAAAUACUACUGCAAUCGGUUAUUUUCUAAGCUGGAUUGAAGACAAGUUUAUCAUGGACUUGAUCUCGUUAUUUCUCGGUACUAUUGACAAGCGUAAAACCCAAUCUUCAGAACUGCUUCAUCUCGUGGUUCAGAACUGGAUUGUGUUCCAACGUUCCACCUUUGACUACGUGGACCCAAAUGGUGAUCCAUACACCAGUCAAAUCUUUCUGAUUGAAGUUGCCACUGGUCGAUACAUUCAUCGAUCCCAAGGGGUCAGAGUGGAUCAUGGAACAUUAAAUGACCUUGAACUACUAGCAUCCAAGUUAUUCGAAGCCUUCGAAGAGACGCGACCUUGCCAAGGCUGGUCUUCGGACAAGAAUGGAUUCGAUCGAUUGCCAAGCGUACAAUAUCCAUAUCUUCGCCAUGUGUCAAGUGAUUGCCAAUAUGUGGUCAACCCGUGCAAGAUGGAAUUGGAUGAAGGCCACUCAUCCACGGGAUUCCAGCCCAGAUCAUUGUGUGCUCCAUGCCAAAAGGCCGGUCAAGAUGUUUUAGAGGGUGCACAGGAUUUCAGAGAGGUUCUUGCCGAAGAUAUUAUUUGUCCCAAAAUCGAAGGCCAGACUGAAACACCCGCCUCGUGGGAGUCGUGGUCAGGCGGGAUCUUUGAAGAUUCGGAGGAUUUUGAGAGCGAUCUUUUCAAUCAUUCAAUGGGUGACGAUGAUAUUGUUGGUGGGAGAAAGAAGAGCAAGCAGAUUCGAAAGACUGUCAAAGGGUCCAAGAGGUCCAAGAAGCAACUCCAAUCGGCCUCGUUUGUCGGAGGUCCGGAUGUUGACUCGGCGGAUGAGGCUAAGAUCUCGAACAAGAGAGAGUACACGUGCAAUCAUUGUUCCCAAACCUUCCCGACCAUCAGUUACUACCGAAGACAUCAACGAGAAAAACGGAAAUUGUCUUGUAAGGAGUGUGACAAGGAAGUGACUACGUUUUUCGACUUGAAGAAACACAUCGCGGCCAAGCAUCCUGAUUCCAUGGAGGGUAUCUUCAGUCCCCUUUGGACUAAUGAUGAGGACGAAGAGACGAUCAAAGUACCCAAGGUCUGCUUUCUGUGCGACCGGGUGUUCAAUGGAAGUGUUUUGCUCUACCGUCAUAAAGAGCUUUACCACGAAAUGGGCGACCAAAAAUGCAGCGAUUGUCAAGAGCCAUGUCUCACCUUCUAUGAUCUCAUGAUCCAUAACUAUCAGAGCCAUUCCAAAGCCAUCCCUCACCUUCAACCAUUCACCCGUGGCCUUGAGAUUGUCAGAGGGGAGAAUGGCAAAAUCGAGAAGAAGCGGAUCGAGUUUGCUUGCCAAUUUUGUCCCGCGGGUUACAAGUAUGAUUCGUCUUACACUCUUCAUAUGCGAAAAUGUCACGCUUGGGGAUUGUUCGAGUGCAAAUCGUGUGAUGAAGUGGGUCAUUAUGCUCAAGAUGUCUCGUCUCAUAUGGUCACUUUCCAUCCGGAUAAUCCGGAGGUCAAAUGUCCCAACUGUUCUCAAGUUCUGUCUUUAAAGGAUGAUCCGGGUAACUUUUUGCAUCAUUACAACGAGUGCAAGACCCCUUGUUCCAAACGGGUCUUUACGAGGGAUGGAGGGUUCCAGAAAAUGUCUUUUCAGUGUCAGUAUUGUGGGAAGGGAUACGCCUCCAAGAUCGUGUUCCGUGGCCACGUCAAAAGACACGAGGGCAUCGAGCGAUUCAAAUGCACCUUUUGUGACUAUGGCUCGAACAUUAAAUCCGUGCUCAUUGAUCAUGAGAAAACACAUUUGAGAGAAAGGGGAUUGACGAACGAAGAUGCCGGCAUUCAACUCUAUUACAAUUGUGAAGAAUGCGGAAAGAAAUUUAGACAGUCUUCGAGUGUUCGGGCCCACAAGAAACGAGUCCAUCAAGGGAUCAAGAAGUCCUAUGGGUGUCAAGAUUGCGGGGAGAUAUUCACCAACUUGCAAGCCUUUUACCGACAUAAACGAGAAAAACAUGGACAUGUGUCCAAGUCGGGGCGAAGGGGCCGUAAAUCAGAUAUAUCUAUUGCCUGUCCUUAAUAAAAAUGUUCCUGUUUCAGUCA